AUGUCUAAUGAAGAUGUAAUAAGUAUUACACCUUCAACAAAAUGGGUUCCAAAAAAUCCACCAAUUAUUCAUACAUUUUUAAAUAUUUGUUCUGGAAUAAAAAAAAUAUUCUUCCCAGAUUCUAUUGUUUAUGAUAAAUCGCAACGUGAAAUAAUACCAAAUUAUUUAUAUGCUGAUACUCCAAGAUAUGAUUUGAUUAAUAAUAAAAAGUAUAAUAGUAAUAAAAUAUCAACAACAAAAUAUCCUUCAUUAAUAUUAUUUCCAAUACAAAAUUUUUUACUUCAAUUAAAAGUUUAUGCAAAUAUAUAUUUUUUAUUUGUUGCUACUUUAAAUACAAUACCAUUUUUGGAAGCAUAUAGUGGUUGGAAAGCAUUUUUACCUAUUGGUAUUAUAAUGAUAUUUAAAUCAAUUAAAGAUUUUUUUGAAGAUUAUAGAAGAAGAAAAAAUGAUAAAAAUAUAAAUAAAUCAUUAGUUUAUGUUUUUGAUGCAUCAAAAAAAAGAUUUCGUAAGAUGGAUUGGGAAAAUGUAUUGGUUGGUGAUUUUGUUCAUUUAAGUAUAAAUGAAACAAUACCAGCUGAUAUAUUAUUAAUGAGAUGUUCUGAUAUUGAUGGUACUGUUUAUGUUGAAACAUCAAAUUUAGAUGGUGAAAGUAAUUUAAAAGAAAAAAAAGUAUUAAAAUCAUGUAUUGAAUAUUGUUGUGAAACUGAACAAGAAUUUAAUCCAACAUUUUUAAAUUUAUCAAUAUUUUGUUCACAACCAGAUAAAGAUUUUGAUAAAUUUAAUGGAAAAGUUAUAUAUUCACAAAAUAAAUAUGAUAUUAUUAAUAAAGAUAAUAUUAUUUAUCGUGGAUGUCAAAUAAAAAAUACAACAUUUAUUGAAGGAAUUGUUUUAUAUACAGGAAAAGAUACAAAAGCAUUAUUAAAUAAUGGAUAUGUAAGACAUAAAACAAGUAGUUUAGAUAAAUCAACUAAUAAAUAUACAUUAAUAUGUAUAGGAUUACUUUUUUUAAUAUGUACAUUUGAAACAAUAUUUUCAAUAAUAUUUCAAUCAGUAUAUUCAAGAAAACAACAACCUGGUUUAGAUAUACCAUUUGUUCUUGAAUAUAAUAGAACAAUUAUUAUUAAAAUUAUUCUUACAAUAUUUGGUUUUAUACUUGAUUAUCAAACAUUAGUACCACUUUCAUUAUAUAUAUCAAUUGAAUUUAUUAAAGUUGCAUUAUCAUAUUUUAUGACAAGAGAUAUAAAUUUAUAUCAUGAAGAAAGUGAUAAAACAAUAGAAGUAAAAACAUUAAAUAUACCAGAAGAAUUAGGACAAAUAAAAUUUAUUUUAUCAGAUAAAACAGGAACACUUACUGAAAAUAAAAUGGUUUUUCGUGGUUGUCAUAUUAAUGGUAUAGAUUAUUCAAAAGAUUGUGAACAAAUUUAUAUAAAUCCAUUAGAUAAAGAUACAGAAGUUUAUAGAAGUAAAAAAUUAAUUAAAGAAUUAAGUGAAGGAAUACAUGAUGAAAAUAGUUCUGUUUAUCAUUUUAUUAUAAAUAUGGCUAUAUGUAAUACUGUUGUUGUAACAAAAAAAAGAGAAGAUACUAUUGAAAGAGGUUUUGUUCAAGGGAAUACAUUACAAGUAGCAAAUGCUGUUUUUUAUGAUCAUACAGGUGAUACAAAUAGUAGAAGAAAUGAUGAUGUAAUUGUUGAAUUAUCAUCAACAACACAAUCAAGUGAAGAUCAAGAAACAAGUAGUAUUAGUUCAUUUUCAGAUAAAAUACGAACAUCAAUAAGAAUAUUUUCUAGAAAAGUUAGUAAAAAUAUUAAACAUAAUAGAAAAAAGUUAAGAUAUGUUAUAAAAGGUAUUCUUGAAAAUGAUUCAAAAAAUAAAAUGAUAAUAAAUAGAAAAGAUGAUGUAUAUGAAAGUGAAAGUCCAGAUGAAUUAUGUCUUGUUAAAGGUGCUAAAGUAUUAGGUUUUACAAUGCUUAAACGUCAUCAUAAUAGCAUUGAUUUAUCAAUAAAUGGUUAUGGAUACUUAAAUAUAAAUAUAACAAAAAUUUUAAAAUUUGAUUCUAAUAGAAAACGUAUGUCUGUUAUAUCAAUUCAAAAAGGUAAAAUAUAUAUCUAUUCAAAAGGUGCUGAUGAUGCAAUUAUGAAUAAUUUAGAUAAAUCAUUUUCAUCAUCAGAAUAUGGUAAAAAAAUUAUAAAAUCAUCAAAAAAAGCAUUAAAAGAAUUUUCAAGUAGUGGAAGAAGAACAUUAUGUUUAGCUUAUCGUAUUAUAACAUUUGAUGAAUUAAAUAAAUUUAUUGAUACUAUUGAUAAUAUUGAAUAUAAUAAUGAUAUAAAUCAUGAAGAACAAUUAAAUUUAGCUUAUAAUGAAUUAGAAAAAGAUUUUAUAUUACUUGGUGUUGUAUCAAUUGAAGAUCGUUUACAAGAUGGUGUACCAGAAACAAUUAUUUCAUUAAGAAAAGCAGGAAUACAUAUAUGGGUAUUGACAGGUGACAAAUAUGAAACAGCAUUAAAUGUUGCAAGAAGUUGUUCAUUAUUUGAUGUUAAUACAAAACAAGUUAAAAUAAAUUGUUUAGAAGAUUUAGAAAAAAUACCAAUGAGAAUACCAUAUCAAUAUAAUGCUGUUCUUUCAUCAAGUGGUGUUAAAUUAUUAAAAGAUAAUGAUGAAAAUGUUAUAAGAAUAUUGAAAAAUGCUUCAUCUGUUUUAUGUUAUAGAAUGACACCUAAUGAUAAAGCUAUAGUGGCACAAACUGUUAUAAAAGAAUUUAAAUCAAAAGUUUUAGCAAUUGGUGAUGGAGCAAAUGAUGUACCAAUGAUAAUAAGUGCUAAUAUUGGUGUUGGUUUAGGAGGACAAGAAGGUAUGCAAGCUGUUAUGUCAGCUGAUUAUUCAUUAGGAAGAUUUAAAUUUCUUCAAACUUUAUUAUUAAUUCAUGGACAUUGGUGUUAUUAUCGAAUAACAGAAUCAUUAUUAUAUUUAUUUUAUAAAAAUUUUGUAUAUUGUUUUACAUUAUUUUGGUACAAUUUUUAUAAUGGUGUUAGUACAAUGUGUCCAUAUGAUCCAUACUAUUCAAUGUUAUAUCCAAUUAUUUUUUCAGGACUUCAACCAUUAAUGUAUGGAAUAUUAGAUCAAAAUUAUUCACCUAAACAAUUAUUUAAUAAUCCUGAAUUAUACAAAACAAAUUUAGAAAAUGAUUUAUAUAGUGUUAGAUUAUUUAUAUUAAAUAUUCUUGAUGCAUUGUGGCAAAGUUUGGCAAUAUUUUUUUGUACAUAUCUUGCAUAUAAUGAUACUACAAUUGAUAUGUGGUCAUUUGGAUAUUGUUUAUUAACAUCAAUAUUUAUGGUUAAUACACUUCAUCUUUGUUUAUUAACUAAAAAUUGGACAUGGAUAUUAUUUUUUUGUAAUGUUAUAUUUUUUUUUGUUCAUGUAUUAUAUUUUGUUUUAUAUACAAUAUUUAUAUCAGCAUCAAUGGGAAUUACAGAUACACCUGUAUAUGUUGGUGUAUAUAAUACAAUAUCGUUUGUUUUUUGGGCUGUUGUAUUAUUGUCAACAAUUAUUGCUUUAAUACCACGUUUUUAUAUUAAAUUAAUUGUUAAAAGAUAUCCUGUUUUAUUACUUACUGAUAAGGAUAUAAAGAAUAUACGAACGAGGCUAUCAAAAUUUUUUGCUCAAUUUAAACGUUAA